CACGGUGAUGGCUGCGAUAGUGGCUUUUACCUUCCUAGAGCUUUGGGAGUUACUGGAAAGAGAAUAACAUAUCCUUAUGACUCAAGGAUUGAUAGAGUGAAGCACCGCCGCCCAGUCUAGUAGUUAUACCGCUUACGCUCGUCUGGUGGCCUCUUACCAGCCAUGGCUCCUUCGUUAGAUCCCAAAGAAGAGAAGCUGGCUAUGGACGUCUUCGCAUGGUUCCUAAAUGUGUCGACGAGUGUGCUUAUCGUGUUUGUGAACAAGGUGUUAAUGGACCCCAAGGUUGGAUAUAAGUUUGUUUUUGCGACAACUCUAUGUGCAUUCCAUUUCUUGUCGUGCGGUGGAAGCGUAAAGGCUAUGGAAGCGAUGGGCUUUGGCAAGCGUGCUAGCAUGCCAUGGAAAGAUUGCAUAGUUUUCGCUAUCGUUGCCAGCAUCUCCAUCGCAAGUCUCAACCUUUCCCUCUUGGUCAACAGCGUGGGUUUUUACCAGAUAUCCAAGCUGUUGAUUAUCCCCUUCGUUUGCUUGGUUGAGUACCUGUGGUUCAAGCGGAAGUUUACGCUCCCGACGGUGCUUUGCAUCUUAGUCGUCGUCGCCGGUGUCGCUAUUGUCACGGUGACCGACGUGUCCAUGAACGUGCUGGGCCUGGUGAUCGCGGCCAUCAGUGUGGUCACCAGCGGGCUGCAGCAGAUCAUGUGCGGCGCCAUCCAGCGGCGCCUGGGGCUCACAUCCAACCAGCUGCUCUCCAACACGGCACCCACGCAGGGUUUCAUGUUGCUGCUGGUGGGUCCCUUCGUGGACCGGCUGGUGACCUCCCGCUGGAUCGCGCAGUACGAGUUCUCCGUGCCGGCUCUGACCUGCCUGGCCUGGUCGUGCGGCGUGGCGGUGCUGGUCAACAUUUCGCAGUUCAUGUGCCUGGGCCGGUUCAGCGCGGUGACGUUCCAGGUUCUGGGGCACACCAAGACGGUGCUGGUGCUCAUAUGCGGCUGGUUAUACCUGGGCGACGUCAUCACCAACCGCAAGUUGGUUGGCAUGUGUACGGCAGUCUUUGGAAUGGCAGCGUACGGCUAUUUCAACUCCCUCGCUCCCGCCAAGCCCGCCGGCGGCGCAGGCGCCUCUUCCGGGGGCAGCGGAUCCGGCGGCGUCGCUAAGCGAGGCGACGGCGGAGCGAAUGAGUCGCUACUUGGUGUCAAUGGGGGCGGCGCCGACGGCAUUUCCGUACAAGUGCACUCGGCAGGUGGACAGUCGCUAGCGGCUGGCGGCGGCGGCGGGUUCUCGUCGAAGACCCAAUGACUCGCGGCGGCUGCGGUGACGACGACGACGACAGCGACGGCGGCGGCAGCGGCAAUGGAGACGGCAAGCGGUCCUGUUCGCCGGAGGCAAGGACGAUAGGCAGGCCGCGGGAACUGUCGCUUUGCUUCUGAUGCUCCGGCUGGAGCUGCCACGUUGGCACAGCGGUGGCGCCGCUGCUGCAGUGGCAGUGCUUCAGCAGGUGCUCGUGGCGGCAAUUGUCAGGCAUUGCGUCCUGCUGUGAAGCGCUCUUGGCCUCUGGCGUAAGCGCCGUACCGUUGCUGUCUUGCCGAAUGCGGUUAGCGUAGGAAGCAUGAGGCGGUUUGGAGGACGACGUGCGCUGAUUACUGUCUGACUGGUAUACUACCCUUGUGACUGGUAUACCGUAUCAUGGUGACUAGUACCGGUACCCAAACUGACCACGCGGCUGGAGGCAUGCUGCCGUCCUUUUGUCGCAUCACCGCGGCCAUAGCGCAAGCACUGAGGCGCACGCUGCGUACGAGACUGUUCGUGAUUAACAUGACCAGGGAAGGGUAAAGGACGACGAGGGCAAAGGGGGACAAGGGACCGUUAGGAAUGGGGUAGGUGCAGUGUUAUCACGUGUAUUGUCGUCGCAGCAUACGCAGGCAGGGGUUUUGGUAGAUCCUUUUUUGGGAAUCCGAGUCUUGAGAAUAUCUCCGCGCACGAAUAACACUACGCAUCAGAUUGCCGGAGUGUGAAGCUGCCAGAUGGCAACACCAGUGCAUGGUGUGUUUGGACAUUGUGGAUACUGGAGAGGUGUUCAGCCACUAGCCUCGUGCAUGUGGCUGCACUAGCAUGGAGUGCUCAGCUAGAGCACUUCCUCAUUGGUGAAGUUUGUACGGAAUGCUAGCCUGAUGCUAGUCUUUAAGACGCAGGCCAUCCAUGUUGCUGCAUGCGACCGACAUGCUGCGAAAGGGAGCGGGGACCUGCACGACAAGUGGAAAGGAUGGUGUUCGGCAGCCGACUUUCCCCAUGUGUCGUUUCCCCUCUCCUGCAAGCAAAAUGUAUUGUAACUUGGAUGUAAGCUGAGGGGUGUGUGCCCCUCAGCGAGAUGCCGGCGUUCACUUGCUUGAGGUG